AUGACAUUUUCUCCAAUCUCUAAAACUCAUAGUUAAUUUGGUUUUAUCUUGAUUUCGUGAGAAAUGAGGAGUUUGCUCUUUACUUGGCUCUUCUUGAUGCAAUUCGUAGCAGUUUUCUUCGAGGUUGAUGUGGUUUUGGUUUCAGGUCAAUGUCAAACGGACCAGCUGGGAUUGUUGCUCCAAUUGAAGAACAGGCUAAAUUUCAGUUCUACUUUGUCUGUUAAGCUUGUGAAGUGGAAUCAAGGUCCGGAUUGCUGCAGUUGGGAUGGUGUGAGAUGUGACACUGGAGGUUAUGUUACCAGCCUUGAUUUGAGCAACGAAGGUAUUUCCAAUGGAAUUGACAAUUCAAGCAGUCUCUUCCAUCUCCAGCAUCUCCAGAGUCUAAAUUUGGCAUACAACCGCUUCAGCUCUGUAUUUCCUUCCGGUUUUGACAAACUUGCAAAUUUGAGAAAUCUGAAUCUCUCAAAUGCUGGCUUCACAGGUCAGAUUCCACUCGAGAUUUCAAGAAUGACAAGGUUGGUUACUCUUGAUUUAUCUGUAAGUGUCCUUCUUGGAAGUUCAUUGAAACUUGAGAAUCCAAAUCUAGGCAUGCUUAUUCAGAAUCUCAAGGAGCUGAAGUAUCUCUAUCUUGAUGGGGUAAAUAUAUCAGCACAGGGGAAAGAGUGGUGCCAGGCUUUGUCUUCUUCUCUCCCUAAGUUGCAAGUGUUGAGCAUGAGCAGCUGUUAUCUUUCAGGCCCCAUAGAUUCCUCCUUUUCCAAGCUUCGGAAAAUUUCCCGAGAAAUCCUCCAGGUGCUUACUCUAAAAACUCUUGACUUGUCAUACAACCCAUCUCUUGAAGGAUAUUUCAAAGAAUUUCCUGCUGCUUCAUCUCUUGAGACUUUGGUGCUUAGCGACACAAGUUUUGGGGGAAAUUUACCAGAAUCUAUUGGAAACCUUGGAAGGUUGACAAGGAUAGAGCUCGCAGGUUGCAAUUUCAAUGGAUCAAUUCCAAAUACAAUAGCAAAUCUCACACAACUUAUCUCCGUUGAUUUAUCAUCAAACUGUUUUUCUGGCCCAAUUCCGUCUUUUUCAUCAGCAAAAAAUCUACGCGAACUAAACCUUGCUCACAACCAGUUAACUGGUUCAAUUCUCUCCACAAACUGGUCACUCCUUUCGAAGCUUGUAAGUAUUGAUUUGCGCAACAACUCACUCAAUGGAACUCUCCCUCCAUCUUUGUUUGGCAUGCCAUCUCUGCAGAGAAUUCAUCUCCUUCAAAAUCAUUUUACUGGCGGAUUGAAUAAGCCUUCCGAAUUAGCUGCUUCUCUACUAAAUACCCUUGAUUUGGGUGACAAUAAAUUGGCGGGACCAUUCCCAUUGUUCACUUUUCAACUUCGAAGUCUUAAGAUCCUUGUGCUGUCUUCAAACAAUUUCAGUGGUCAGGUAAAUCUAAGUUCAUUUCAGCAGCUCAUGAAUCUAUCAUCUCUUGACCUGUCAUACAACAGCUUCUUGAUUAAUGCAAGUGGUAUCGAUGCUGCUAUGUUACCCCAGUUUGGCACAUUAAAAUUGGCUUCAUGCAAGGUUAGAGUAUUCCCAGAUUUCUUGUUUGAACAAUCCGUGAUACGGUAUCUAGAUCUCUCAGCCAAUCAAAUUGAUGGGGAAAUACCCCGUUGGAUUUGGAAUAUUGGAUCUCUUACUUACUUAAACUUGUCCCACAACUUUCUGGUCAAUUUACAUGAGCCUUUGAGGGGUCUUAGUUCUGCUCAAUAUCUAUUGGUUUUGGAUCUUCACAGCAACAGACUACAAGGGCAACUACCAAGCUUUCCACCAUCCGCUACAUAUCUGGAUUACUCGAGCAACAAUUUCUGCUCUGUUAUACCGGUCAACUUUGGUGAUUACCUCAGUACGGCCCAGUUUAUCUCUCUAUCCAACAACCACCUCCAUGGUAGUAUUCCUAAAUCAAUUUGCAAUGCUACACAGCUUAGUGUCCUUGAUUUAUCGAACAAUUUGCUGAAUGGCACUUUUCCCCAAUGCUUGACUGGGAUGGAAUCUCUUAGAGUGCUGAACCUUGGGGGAAACAUCCUCAAUGGUAUCAUUUCUGAUGCAUUUUCAAGUAACUGUUCGGCACGAACAGUGGAUCUCAAUGGAAAUCACCUAGAAGGAAAGAUUCCAAGAUCUCUGGCCAACUGCACAGUUCUGGAGGUUUUAGACUUCGGGAACAACCGGAUCAGUUAUAUUUUCCCAUGCCAUUUGGAGAACGUAUCCAGUUUGCGAGUCCUGGUUUUGAGAUCCAACAACUUACAUGGGCAAAUUGGUUGUCCAGUGGAAAACUACCAAAUCGUUUUAAAAACCUGGAAAGCAAUGGUGGAUGGUGAAACUGAGCUCCGACAACUUCGCUUUGAGGUCAUGCCUCUCAGUUCAUUCUAUUAUCAGGAUGCUAUUACUGUUACCAUGAAAGGUUUAGAGCUGCAGCUGGUUAAAAUCCUCAAUGUCUUCACCUCCGUUGACUUUUCAGGCAACAACCGUCAAGGGACAGUUCCAGAAGUUAUGGGAGAACUCAGAGCACUCUAUUUCCUUAACCUGUCCCAUAAUGCUCUAACGGGUCCAAUCCCAUCAUCUUUGGGAAACUUGCGCCAGCUUGAGUCCUUGGACCUCUCCAGCAACAACUUAACUGGUGAGAUUCCUCAACAUCUGUCAAACCUGAAUUUCCUUUCAGUCCUCAACCUCUCAAACAAUCAGCUGAUUGGAGAAAUUCCCACGUCAAAUCAGUUCCAAACAUUCUCAAAUGAUUCCUUCUAUGGCAAUAAGGGACUUUGUGGGUUUCCUUUGAAAAAAAAUGUGGAAGCAGUGGCAACACCUCAGACAACCAUCCGGAUAAUAGAACCAAUAUCGACUGGAAUUUCCCAAGCACCGAACUGGGAUUUGUUUUUGGCCUGGCAAUUGUUAUUUUUCCACUCAUGUUCUGGAAGAGAUGGAGGGUUUGGUAUCACAAUUGUAUUGAUGGUCUUCUCUUCAAGCUUCUUCCUCAGUUGAAUCAAAGAAGCAGAAAUGCUGGGAGGAGAGCUUCCAGGAGCAGGACCAGGACACAUUGAGGAACAAGCAGCGGUGUAAAAGAAGGAACUUUAGCCAAAGUUCUUCUGGGAACUUUGAUGUAUGAACUAUAUGCUCACUCUUCUUAAGAUCAAAACUUGUGCUAUCCUGGCGCAGUCCCGUUUUACUUUAUUUAAUAACUGUUGAAGCUGGUU